AUGCUUUGUCUUCUUCUUCUUUCUUUUGUCCCGCUUUGUUUUGCUUUCUCCUUGCCUGCUUGCGUUGCCCCGCGCAGGUGUGAUCACGAACGAAUGGCCUACGUUAAGAAGGACCAGGUCCCUCUGCAGGAGACACAGCGCGUGCUGGUGAAGAUGACGAGCCGCAACGCAAAGGCGGUGGAGAACGUGAUGGCGGAGCUGCUGCUACACGCCCGCAACGAGAAGGUGGAGCUGCGUGGCCCGCUGCGCCUCCCGACGCGCAAGCUGAGGAUCACCACCCGUAAGACGCCUUGUGGUAAUGGCACCAACACGUGGGACACGUAUGAGCUGAAGAUUUACAAGCGCCUCGUGGAGCUCCGCGCA